UUACAUAAGAAGGGUGGUGGGAGAUAUAAAUAUGUCAGAAACCUAUGUCAAGCAGUAAAGAUACUGACACGAUGAAGCUUGUGGUGCUUGCUUUGCUCAUUGCCGGGGCCUAUGGCUGCGGCAACCCUACCUUCCAGCCUGUUGUGAGCAGAGUGGUGAACGGAGAGGAUGUCAGGCCUCACAGCUGGCCCUGGCAGAUUUCCCUGCAGUACAACAGUAACGGCGAAUGGAGACACACUUGCGGAGGCACCCUGAUCUCUGACCAGUGGGUUCUAACUGCUGCUCAUUGUAUCAGCUCAAGCAGGCAGUACAGAGUGGCCCUGGGAAAGCACAACCUGAAGGAGGACGAGAAUGGCUCUGCAUUCCUGGGCACUGCCACCAUCGUUGUGCAUGAGAAGUGGAACUCUUUCUUCAUUCGUAACGACAUUGCCCUGAUCAAGCUGGAGAGCCCUGUUGAAUUCUCUGACAACAUCCAUGCUGCUUGCCUUCCCCCUGGUGGCUUUAUCCUCCCCCAUGAUGCACCCUGCUAUGUGACCGGAUGGGGUCGCCUCUACACCGGGGGUCCCAUCGCUGACAUCCUGCAGCAGGCCCUGCUGCCAGUUGUGGACCACGCUACCUGCAGCAAGUAUGACUGGUGGGGCUCUCAGGUGACAGAAACCAUGGUCUGCGCUGGUGGAGACGGAAUUGUUUCUGGGUGCAAUGGGGACUCUGGUGGUCCUCUGAACUGCCAGGGCUCUGACGGAUCCUGGGAGGUUCAUGGUAUUGUUAGUUUUGGCUCCGGGCUCAGCUGCAACUACCACAAGAAGCCAACCGUCUUCACUCAAGUCAGCUCCUUCCUGGACUGGAUCAACAAUACAAUGGUGUCUAACUGAGCAUCGUUUGAGGACCCAAGCUGUGCCUUUAGUCACUCUAAAGUCACUCUGAAUGAAAUAAAAGGUGUUUUCUAUACUUGA